AUAUAGACCGCACUCGGAAUGUGUGCCAUCGGCGACCUCGAGGCCUUCCCUAGGUCAGUGCUAAUUCUCGUGCGCGGGCCCACCUCUUCCAAAUUUCCGGUCGGCCUUGAAGGUAUCGUCGUCAAGGAUGCCGUCGCCGAUCCCAUCAAUUUCGCGCGUCCACUCGAGCGCUCUAAUCAGGCAAUGAAGGCGCAGCGAGAUAACGCUGAUACAUCGCGAGAUACAUCGAGAAUUAACGAUGAGAAACACACGACUUCUGAAGGAUGUGCACAGUCAGCGCAGGUAAUGUCGCAAUUCUUAAUACCGAGCACUUCGACCUUCGAAACUCAAAGUAGCGGAGCCGUGUUACCAAUUACGGGCAGAUUUAUGCUAUCCUUGUUCCAACAUGCGACAAAGUGUUCGGAGUUAAUAAUGACUUCACUCACAUCAGCGAUAUGCUACUUCAACAUCCUACAAUAUCUCAUAAAUUACAACGUCGGUACGGCCUCGUCCACGAUAUGCAAAUCGCCCGGAGUCUUCCAAUUACAACGGCCAUGUACGCAUUUUCUCCGCAUUUCAAAUUGCAACAAAUCAUGGGAGCAGUAUUGCAAAACUAAGAAUUCAACAAUUUAACUACGUUAAUGAUAAUAAUGCUAUAUUCGCCAUACGUUUAUUAAUAUUAGAUGUACAAAUUAAUUCGGCGCCCUUUUCCAUGAAAUUCAGAAUUAUUUGCAAAAAUGUGUAAACUGAUUUGCAAAAAGUCAAGUACAAGUUUAAUGUUCGAAAUAAUUUCCAUUAUUUCCUACGACUUUACUCCAUCUAUCUGACAGCUGAUGAAUGCGAAGGAGAACUUUUGACUCAAUAAAGUCACGAAUGCUUUUCUCGGACCUCUUAAAGCUCAAGGCCGGCACUUUCAAAUCACCGUAGAACGAGGAAAAAAAUUUGAAUUUGCACCAGAGUCACGGGAUGUUAAAUGCAAAGGCAUCGAAUUAAUUUGCACACCGAAAUAAUAUUGAAAAAAGACCGAAAAUUA